GGGUCCUGCAGGGGCGGUCCCAGGAGGCGGCCGGGCUGAGUGAACUGCAGGCCCGCCGCAGGCCCAGCGCGCCACCAUGGUGCUAGAGCCCCCGCGGGCGUGGGGACCGCUGCAGCAGCAGAAGCGGCUGAAGAGGAACGGUGGCUGAGGCCAGGUUCUCCGGAUCGUGGGCCCGCGAUCCCUCGCCGUACCCGAGCUCCGAUCCCUCCUCCCUGCCUUCCCAGGGCGCCGAGGCGACACCGCCGGACGAUGCGCGCCCACGGCCACACAGGAGGCUGAGCCCGCCGCCCCGCGCUCUGCUUGCACCCUCACGGCUGUCCCCGAUGGCCUUGCCGGGCGCGGAGGGCGCAGCCGACAGGCCGGUAUCCCCGGCCCCAGGCGCCCCCGCCGGCUCCGCAUCGUCUUCGUCCGCCUCCUCCAGUGGCUCGGCCUCGGCAGACGUGGGGCUGUGGGCCGCGCUGUACGACUACGAGGCGCGCGGCGAGGACGAGCUGAGCCUCCGGCGCGGCCAGCUGGUGGAAGUGCUGUCCCAGGAUGCCGCCGUGUCCGGCGACGAGGGCUGGUGGGCCGGCCAGGUGCAGCGGCGCCUGGGCAUCUUCCCAGCCAACUACGUGGCGCCGUGCAGCCCGACCGCUCUCCCAGUACAGCCACCCGCCAGCUCACCACCGCGGCCCGGCUCUCCUGUGCACGUCGACUUUGAGCGCCUUGAGCUCAAGGAGCUCAUCGGCGCCGGCGGCUUUGGGCAGGUGUACCGAGCCACCUGGCAGGGCCAUGAGGUGGCGGUGAAGGCGGCGCGCCGGGACCUGGAGCAGGACGCGGCAGCGGCGGCCGAGAGCGUGCUGCGGGAGGCGCGGCUCUUCGCCAUGCUGCGGCACCCCAACAUCAUCGAGCUGCGCGGCGUGUGCCUGCAGCAGCCCCACCUCUGCCUGGUGCUCGAGUUCGCCCGCGGAGGAGCGCUCAACCGCGCGCUGGCAGCCGCCAACGCUGCCCCGGAUCCGCGCGCCCCCGGCCCGCGCUGUGCGCGCCGCAUCCCCCCGCACGUGCUGGUCAACUGGGCGGUGCAGAUCGCGCGCGGCAUGCUCUACCUGCACCAGGAGGCCGUGGUGCCCAUCCUUCACCGGGACCUCAAGUCCAGCAACAUUUUGCUGCUGGAGAAGAUAGAGCACGAUGACUUCUGCAGUAAGACGCUGAAGAUCACGGACUUCGGCCUGGCGAGGGAGUGGCACCGGACCACCAAGAUGAGCGCGGCCGGCACCUACGCCUGGAUGGCGCCGGAGGUCAUCAAGUCCUCCCUGUUUUCUAAGGGGAGCGACAUCUGGAGCUAUGGCGUGCUGCUGUGGGAGCUGCUCACGGGGGAGGUCCCCUAUCGUGGCAUCGACGGUCUCGCUGUGGCUUACGGCGUGGCAGUCAACAAGCUCACCUUGCCCAUUCCCUCCACCUGCCCGGAGCCCUUCGCCAAGCUCAUGAAAGAAUGCUGGCAGCAAGACCCUCAUAUCCGUCCAUCAUUCGCCUUAAUUCUCGACCAGCUGACCACUAUUGAGGGGGCGGUCAUGACCGAAAUGCCUCAGGAAUCUUUUCACUCCAUGCAAGACGACUGGAAGCUGGAAAUCCAGCAGAUGUUUGACGAGCUGAGAACAAAGGAGAAGGAGCUGCGGUCCCGCGAGGAGGAGCUGAGCCGAGCCGCCCUGCAGCAGAAGUCGCAGGAGGAGCUGCUGAAGCGGCGGGAGCAGCAGCUGGCAGAGCGCGAGAUCGACGUGCUGGAGCGCGAGCUCAACAUCCUCUUAUUCCAGAUGAACCAGGAGAAGCCCAACGUCAAGAAGAGGAAGGGCAAGUUCAAGAAGGGUCGCUUAAAGCUCAAAGAUGGGCAUCGGAUCAGCUUACCCUCAGAUUUCCAGCACAAAAUAACUGUACAGGCGUCUCCCAACCUGGACAAGCGGAGGAGUCUGAACAGCAGUGGCUCCAGCCCGCCCAGCAGCCCCACCAUGAUUCCGAGGCUCCGGGCCAUACAGUUGACUUCAGACGAAAGCAAUAAAACUUGGGGACGCAACACCGUCUGUCGACAGGAAGAAUUUGAGGAUGUAAAAAGGAAUUUCAGGAAGAAAGGCUGCACUUGGGGACCGAAUUCAAUUCAAAUGAAGGAAAGAGCCGACUGCAAAGAAAGAAUAAGACCUCUCUCAGAUGGCAACAGCCCUUGGUCAACUCUCUUAAUAAAAAAUCAGAAGACUGUGCCACUGACGUCAUUAUUUGUGGACCAGCCAGGUGCUUGUGAAGAACCAAUACCCCCCGCUGACGGAUCAGAGCCCAGAAAACCAAAGCAGACCAAGCUGCCCGGCCCAGCCCAUGUGGAUUCCCCUCUGGGGAGAGACGGCCAGAGAGAGAACCCUCUGGAAGCAGAGAGCUGGGAGGAAGCUCCCUCUGGGAGCCCCGCCAUGGGCAUUCCGCAGGUGACCUCCAGCAGCAGUCUGAGCAGGUCCCCAUGGAAGAGGACGGAGUCCGCCCUGUACAGCUGCACCAUGCUGCUGGCCUCCGUGGCCCUGGGCCUGGAUCUCAGAGAGCUGCCCAGAGCGCAGGCUGCGGAGGAGCCCCGGGAAGAGCGGAGGAAAUGGGAGGGACUCCUGCAGUGGGCACCCAGGCCCCGCACCGCCGAUCGCCCCCGGCCAAUACCUGAGGGUCAGGGGUCCCGAGGCCCACCCUUGCUACCCUCACCUGGCGCCCUGGACCUGCUGUCCAGGCCUUCCCUCUCCACGAGGUGCUUGCUGCAGAUGGAGGGCACGGACUCCUUCGAGGCCAGUGCACAUGGCGCUCUGGACCCCCAUGUGCCCGCUGCAGAGGUCCGCCCCGCCUCGGGAAGGGGCUGUCCCCAGCCCAGCUCUGGGCCAAGGCGGGAGUCCGAUGGCUGUGUGUGGAAACCAAGACCCCCCUGCCCGCCCCCCUCAGCGCAGACCUGUGGGGUCGCACCUCCCUGGGCCUCUUCCACAGAAAGGGCAGCGCGUCACCGGCGGACCGUGUCUGACGGAAGUGCUUCUCAGGCCCCAGCUGGUGCCACCAGGGCCCCUGCCCCGCACCCUGAGCAGGUGUGGGGGCUGCCCCUCUCCCUCUCUGGUUCUCGCAAACAACCUGCCGUGCGAGGCCUCGCCUAGAAGACAAACAACAGUCAACACUGUGCCUCUGCCUCGAGCCCCACCCCUGAGAGACCCCUCGGAUCCCCCCCAGGCCUUCCCAGGGAGAACAGAGCCUCGGCCAGCCCAGGCCAACCCGGGCCUGGAUGACGGGGGACCGCCUCCUCACUUUUCCCUCGGUGCCAGGACAGAACUAUACUGCACGUGCCUUCCUUACUGGACGCGGACAUGGAGGGCCAGAGCGGCGACUGCACGGUUGCCCUUGUGCCGGAUGAAGAGCAGAACCAGCCGGCCCUCCAUCUACCAGCUGGAGAAGGAAUUCCUUUCUUAAGUGCCUUACCUUGUUCAAGCAUUUCUUUUUUUUUU